AUGAACAAAACAACAGCACGAAGGGCCUCUGAUACUCUUCAUUUGAAGCCACAUAUCAGUCUCGACGCCUCGCCAACCCUUUCGAUCGGUAGAAGACAACGACGUUGGGUACAAAGCGCAGCCAUGCCAGACACUAUUUUACACGUCUCAAAGGAGGAAUUUGAGGAGAUCCUUGAUGAGAAGCUACAGCCCAUUAACGACCUCCUUGAUGUCAUCAAAAAGAAGUUAGAUGACCUGACGAACCAGGAUCUGGCACCCAAGACUCCUCCUAAGGAAACCGAUGUUCGACCUCAGGACUGA